GAAAAGCCCAGUGGUAGCGUAUCUGAAAAAGAAGGGUUUCAAGCAGACGGAGCUCGCUUUCCAAGAAGAGCAGCAACACCACACCAAAAACGCCUCUUCCAACUCCUCCUCCUCCACCGACCCCGACAUUGCCAAACACCUUUUCUCCUUCUCCGAAUCAGAUAAUGUUCCAGCACUGUACCAUGAUGGAUACAGCAAGCUUAGGUCAUGGACGUACAGUUCACUGGAUUUGUACAAGCUUUCGCGAAGACCACGAGACGAUGCACUUAUGGGACCUCCAGAAAUUGGAAGGAGUUCUUUCUCUGUGUCAUCUGGAGGAAAUGGAGUUUGCUCAUUCUUUGAGGCAGAGCAAAGUGAACCUUAAGAUAUGCCAGUAUUCUUAUGAGCUUCUGCUGCAAUAUUUACACAAGACACAAUCCAUUACAAUGCUUGGGGUUAUUAAUGAGCAUAUUAACUUUCAAGUUUCGCCUGGACAACCAAGCUCAAUUUCUGAUGAUGAAGGUGUUACACUUGUUGGGAGUGGUCAGGAUGCAGCUAAUCUGAUAAAUCAGAAAGAAAUACACUGGGGGCAGUUACUGGAAGACUCGUUAGAAGAAAGGUUGGAGAAGGCAGCAAGUUUGCUUUCUGAUUUGGAGAAGGUAGACGGAGAAAGUAAGGAAGGCAACUUGGAUGAGAGUAAGAAGAGAGCAGUGGAGGGAGGGAAGCAAGGUGCUUCUCUCAAAAAGUUGAAAAAGGACAAGGUGGUUGGUGCAACUGGGAAAGCUGUCCGUAUUGAGACCAAUACUGUGCCUGCAGCACCACGUGCAAAAUCUGAGCUCACUUUGCCAGUAAUGCCAACAGAGGUUGAACAUUCUAUUCUUGAAGACUUACGAAACCGGGUACAGUUGAGUAGCUCUGCUUUGCCCUCAGUCAGCUUCUGUUGGGAUAUGGCAAAGUUUGGACAACAAACUGGCAGUUCUAUUUUGCAGAGUGAGAAUGAUUUUGCUACUAGUGAGCAUGUACUUGGGGCAGAUGGCGGGAAAAGAUCUUACACUUUAUUCCGAGGUCACUCUGGGCCUGUCUACUCAGCUAGUUUUAGUCCUUUUGGGGAUUUUCUUCUAUCCUUUUCAUCAGAUUCAACAAUUCGAUUGUGGAGCACAAAACUAAAUGCAAAUCUUGUUUGCUACAAGGGUCAUAAUUAUCCUGUAUGGGAUGUUCAGUUUAGUCCAUUAGGACAUUAUUUUGCUAGUGCUUCACAUGAUCGAACGGCAAGGGUUUGGUCUGUGGACAGAAUACAGCCUUUAAGGAUAAUGGCGGGGCACUUAUCUGACGUGGAUUGUGUAAGGUGGCAUUCAAACUGCAAUUACAUUGCUACAGGAUAUAGUGACAAAACAGUUAGAUUAUGGGAUGUACAGAGUGGGGAGUGUGUUAGAAUUUUCAUUGGUCACAGGAGUGUGGUUUUAUCUUCGGCAAUGUCACCUGAUGGCCGGUACAUGGCAUCUGGUGAUGAAGUUGGCACAAUUAUGAUGUGGGAUCUCUCAAGUGGUCGUUGUGUCACGCCUUUGGUGGGUCACACCUCCUGUGUCUAGACUCUCGCUUUCAGGUGAAAAUCCUUUUUCUCUAGAUGAGACCCA